CAUAAGCAUUACUAGCAAAAAAAUACUGUCAUUGUCAUUAAGAACGAUAUUUCCAUUUCACAAUUCCCUUUGGAAAUUAAACAACAACUUUCAAUAGCCACUAACGACAAAAGGUUACAACAACAACAAAAGGUGAAGCCAAAACAAUGGAGGACGGCCACAAAGGUAUUAGAAAUGGGGACACAUCGACCGAUCUGCAGCAAGCAUUAAGCGCAUUGAUUGAAAAUUUGAUGAAACCAGAAUGUUUGAAGAGGGAACUGAUAUUCGCAUUGCUUUUAACCGUAAUGGAGGAAGACGAGUUUGUGCUCUUAAAAGAUACGGGCGAAACUGCAGAUAAAUAUGAGUAUUUAUUGAAUAAAAAACCGGCGACCUACGAGGCGACAUUAAUGUUGAGAAAUUACAGAAAUUUACCACUCAAACUAAUCGGAUGCGAUUUGAACGAUAUAUUUUUGAUUGUCGCAACAAUACCUCGGUUAUAUGAAAAAUCGUAUUCCGUUUGUUUUAAUAUCAAUGAACACAUAAAAACAGGGAAAUACGGUUUGAUCAACGACUUUGAGAAUUUAGACGCAAUGUUUUUGAAUUUCAAAGAGAAAAUUGUCAUUCCCAUGAAAAGUACGAUUCUUAAUUAUCACAGCUUCCCAAGCGGAAACCUUACAGGCCUUCCUGAUGACGUAUUCCAUCAGAUAAUACUUCUCCUUCCCGUUAAAGACGUUUUGAAUCUAUCGGAAUCGUGUAAAAGAAUUCAUGGACUCGUAAAAGAGGAUAGAAUUUGGGCCAGACUUUAUACUAGAGAUUUUCCUGAUAAAAAUAAAUGCGAUGCAGAGGAUUGGCGUGAUGCGUACAAGGACGUGUACGCUCCUAAACAAGUUGGAAGGGUUCAACUCGACAAGAAUGUGCUCCGGGAAAGUUUCCAAGAAUUCGGUGGUUUACCGGAUCCCCUGAGAGUUUUCGACUCGAGGAUGGAGCUACUCCUGUGAAUUUGAACGUUUUAAUAUUUUCAUACCGAAUGUAUGCAUAAUUUUGGGCACGUACAUACCUACUAGGGAAUUUGUUGACGCUUAAGAGAAAGUUGCUUAGAAAAAGCAGUUUUGUUAGGUUCCUUUGAUUUAGAAGAGAUAGAAAUAAGGCUUUACUUAUUUUCGCCACUUAACAAUGCCCAUAAAUUCCAAGAAAUAAAUUCGUUUGCCCUGA